AUGGUGUCCGGGGGGCUGGGGGGACUGGUACAUCGGAACACCAGAGUCGAGGUUCUGUCAGUGAUAUUGCACUCGUUGCUGACAUCGUCGCAGCCAAUAUCUAUCGUGACGAUCGGCUCCUCAGCUGUUAAGAGGGCUGGCGUGGGGAGAGAAAACAGUAACCUUACCGCACCUAACGAAACAAUGCCGGGCUCUCCGCAACGCAACAGCCGCGAGGUAAUUCAACUCCCUACACAAAGAAGCCCUCACCGUUUGCCGGCUGGCCAGCUAGAGCUGCGACAGAGACGGCCACCAGUACUGCCUGGAGCGACACAAACAGAGACAUCGCGACACACCGGAGCGAAGACUUCUGUCAGGGCGGGGCGGUUCUUCGGCAGAGAAAAUAUUGGUGAUUACGUCAUUGUUAUUGCACUGCUCUCUAUAUUGAAAGCACUGGCCUGCCGCCCUGCAAGAAGAGAGAGAGAGAGGAUGUCUCGGUCGUUGCUCCUUGCGACACUUGUAGCCGCCAGCUACUUGGGUGUGUGUAUCGCUUCCGUGGAAGUACCAGCCCCUACGCUGGUCAAGACUAAUGAUGCCCCCGAGUGCAUUCCACCAUCGGCCAUGGUUGAUGGAAGGAUAAACUACACCGCCAAUUGUUUUUCACCCAGGGGGUCAGUCGUGUGGCUGAUCGGGGAUUACGCAAUGGUGGACAGAGACCAGUUCAAAGGGGAAAUAUAUGGAGUCUUCAUUGAGGAUCAUGGACCAAACGACUCGAACAUGACGCUCUUUCCUGAAGGAGCUGACUUUCUCUUGGAAUCCUUUGGAGGCCGCUCCUUCACCAUCAGAUGUCAGACUAUAGUUGACGAGGUUAAUAUCAGGAGGUCGGAGAAUGUUUUUACAUUCUAUGGAGGAUUUCGUCCAAUUCCUGAUCCUGAAGUGAGUAGUGCCCUGAAACGAGGCGACAAUUACAUCAUCAAAUUCACAUAUCAGUGUCCAGACAUGGCUGAAAGUUGCGUUGAGGACACGGACAAGGUACUCUAUUCUCUAGAUCUCUCUGAAGGCUCAUGCUCCAUGGCUGAUGACUGCGGCACCGACGGGCGCAUGGACUGGGAGUGUACCGACAUCAUGAGCCUAGACAGUCUAACAGCUACUCUGACUGCCCGUGUUGGUGACGACGGCUUCGCACCCUCCAUCACAGAAAUUCGUUAG